GGCGGUUUGGGUACCUGUACCCGACCCAAGGCCGAAAUCGUGACCAUCCCCCACAUCCAUCGCCCGCCCGGUGCAGUUCUUCCCCAAUAAACGGAUCUAGGGCAUGUGAGGGAGGGAGGGAUACUCCGAGGUUAAUCGGAGGCGACGGAUGGGCCGCCGCCGGUCGGACGCCGACGCAGCCGAGACCCCUCGUCGCGCCUUGGCCAUGCUCUCAUCCAAAGCCAUCGGAUCAUGGCGACGCCACGCACACGCAGGGUGGCGGCUACUGCCUCCUGUGAAGUUUCCGAAGAGGCGGGGAAACAAAAAUCAGUUCUUCCUCGAGCUGCAGACGGAAAUCGCUUCCUGUCUGCCUACUCUGCAUCCCCUCGACGCUUGUCCGAGUCACUCUCGUUUUCGUUCGUUCUCCGGGUUGCAGCCGGAGGCGGAAAUUGAUCAGUUAUAUAUACGCCCGAGCGGUCGCCACACACCACCGAACCCAUAAGAUUCAGUGGAGACCAGCCACGACGCCGACCGCCCCACUCCCGCUGGCUGUUUUGCUCUGUCCUCUUGGCUAAUCCGCACAAUGGUGAAUGACAGUUGUCCGAAGCAGGAAGACAAUGGAGACGACAGGCUCAGCAACUUGCCUGAGCAUAUUUUGCUUACCAUCAUUGAUCGACUUGAUAUCCGCGAGGCUGCAAGAACCAGUGUCCUUUCUGGGCGGUGGCGGCACCUCCCUGCUAUGCUCUCUCGACUUGUGAUAAAUGUUUGGGACUUCUUAGACCCGUUCAAUUGCAACAAUGAUGAAAUUGUUCGGGGUAGCAAAGCUGUGGUUAAAGUGACAAAGAGCAUCCUGGGACGCAGAGAUUUAAGCCGAAAUACCAUCCAGUUUCUGUGCAUGACGUUCAUCUUGAGAGAAGAUGACCCAAUAUCCAUCGGGCAUGCUGUUGCUCACGCCAUGGCAACCCAGAAGGUUGAGAUAGCUGAGUUCACAAUAUUUUGUGAUGAUGAUGAUCUGGUCAUCUACGGGCGACGAUUCAUGCUGUUCUUUGAUGCAUGUCCAAAUGCAUUUGGUGGUCUCACACGCCUUAACCUAGAGAAUCUGAGAUUUGGUGAAUCAGACAUCCCUAACGUCCUCAACACUUGCAAACGUUUGAAUCAUCUACGACUGUUCUAUUGUGACUCAGGAAGUUGUACCGUGCUGAAAGUUGAGCACGCACAACUCAGUGAGCUCGCUAUUGUUAAUUGUUCUUUUGAAAGAGUUGAGCUCAACUCAUUUCCGAAACUCAUACGCAUCAUCUUUGAGGGUUGGAUCUCUUUCGAAGAUCCACUAUCUUUUGGUGAUGUCCUGUUGCUUGAUACUGUAAGCCUCACAAAUGUCAGUCUUAGUUGGCACAAGAUGAUCAAGUUAAGCAAGUUUCUUAGGCGUACUCCAUCUGUGAAACGCUUGAAACUGGGAUUUAAUUCUGAAAAGAUUUGGGUUCAACCAGAAUGUUUGACGGAAAGGCUGGCAUAUGUGUUCCACCAAUUAAGGUUUGUGAAUCUAAGUAAUAUGCCUGAGGGGUAUGAUCUCACCUGGACAUUGUUCAUACUUAAAGCCGCGCCGAACCUGAAGGAGCUGUACAUGAGUGUAUGGGAUCAUCUGUGUGAAAUGAAAACAGAUGCAAAGGAGAGGAAGUCACUCUCGUACAGUGAGAAUAAGGGUGCAGAAUGGGAAUCAUCUGCAAUUGCUUUCCAGCAUCAGAGUCUGGUCACGCUUGCCAUCUUCGGGUUCCGAGCUCGAGACUACAUGAUGAACUAUGUCAGGCGUGUCAUGGAAACAGCCGUCAAUCUAAAGGCUGUGUUCUUGUAUGAUCGGUUAACGUGUGACAAGUGCCGCAGCAUCCUGUCGCGGUUUCCGCCUAAGUGGAAGCAGGACUGUGUGGAGAAGUUUAUCACAAAUGGGAUCAAGUCGUCUGCCAUAAUGCAAUUCCAGACCAUCGCUAUUUAAGGCCUGAUCAUGUUGA